AUGGAAGCCGGGCAAAAGGAAAUUUUCUCUGAGGGGGGGCUGGAGUCUCUUGUGGACGUCCUCCGGGCAGCAGAAAACAACGAAGCUGCCCGGGAAAACGCGGCGGCGGCUAUUUUCUGCCUGGCGAACACAGAGGAACGAAAGCAGCUGGUUACCGAGAGAGGAGCGUUACCACCGCUGGUGGGGUUGCUGCAGACUAGUACAGCUGGUGAUGCGGGGUGUCAUAGUGAGGCAACAGCAGCAAGAGCCGGAGCAGGAGCAGGAGCAUCAGUAGCAGCAGCAGAAGUAGGAGCAGGAGGAGCAGGGGAAGGGGAGGAGGAGAGAAGCAGUGAUGCCACAGAGGCAGCAGAUGGUUCAGGAGGCAGCAGGGGGGGCAGCAGAGGGGACAGUGGGAAGGAGAGCAAGGAGGUUAAUAAGGAGGGGGAAGAGCAGGAUGAAGAGGAAUCCGAACCUGUGAGAAAACCCGUCACUAUCGCUGAUUUCAUUGCCACUGGUGCAGUGCCUGUUCUCACCGGGCUCUUACAGUCGUCGGAUCAAGGGCUGGAGGAGCGAUCAAUGGCCAUCCUUUCUCUCCUCUCCAAGUUCCCCGAAGGCCGGCGGGCCAUCUGGGAAGCAAACGGCGUGGAGGGUGUGUGUGAUGUGCUGGAAAUGUCGUCUCAGAGGGCUAAGGAGGAGGCAGUGGCAACGCUGCUGCGAAUGGCUGGGAGUGAUGCGGCGGUUAAGGCGGUGUUGGUUAGAGAAGGCGUGAUACCGGCGCUUUAUAAGAUUCAUAAGGAGAGCGAGGGGAAUGCAGGGGUGAAGGCUAAGACUCUGCUUGACAUGCUGCGGACCACCGGGAAGUAA